AGUGAAUAGUAAAGUGGGGUCGCCUAACGAACAACGUGUCCUUAUACUCCGCGCAAUAUUACGUUCGCGUUGGUCGUAAUUUUCGAAAUCAAUCCGUACAAAUUUUUAUUAAGUAUUAUACCGAUAAAUUUCGUAGGAAAAGUAAUAAAAGUAAUAUUAGCGCGGUAAUUUAAUAAUUUUCAAGCAAUUCUAUUCUGUUACAGCUGUUUGUAUAUAUGUAAUGUGUGAGUAAUAAUUAUUAUUAAAUGCAAAAUAACGCGGUGUGUUAUCAGUACCUAGCUGUAUUGCGGUUUGCCAGUUGCCUUUAAAUAAAGAACAUAUCCACGGUUCAAUAUUAAACUUAUGGAACUAAUGGUAUUUCUAUUCGCACGUGGUGAUAACGAUAUGAUGCAAUAUUUGUAUGGAGAUUGAUCACUAAUCUUAAAGCAUUCAUGAACACAUGUUGCUGUCAGGACCACUGUAAUCCUUGCGGGAGUUUAUUAAAGAUUUUCGUAAAUCGUUGACUUAUUAUUAAAGUAAUUUUAAAAAACCGAAAAUGGCAAAAGUAUCAACAGUGGAGAGUUUAACACCAAAACUGAUGGAUAAUGGCAAUGAUAACCGACAAACUGAUGAAGGGGACAGUCAAGGUGUGCGGUUAAAGAAGGAAUUGAGUUUAAUAAACGGAGUGGCUAUUAUUGUUGGGGUUAUCGUGGGCUCCGGUAUAUUUGUGUCGCCAAGUCUGGCCUUGAAUUAUGCGGGAUCAAAGGGAAUGGCCCUCAUAGUGUGGAUCCUUUCCGGUUUCGUGUCUAUGAUCGGGGCAUUGUGCUACGCGGAAUUAGGAACAAUGAUCCCUAAGUCUGGAGGAGACUACGCGUACAUUGGAGAAGCUUUUGGUCCACUACCGGCAUUCUUGUACCUCUGGGUUGCUCUGUUUGUCCUAGUACCAACCGGGAAUGCUAUCACAGCCAUAGCCUUCGCAGAGAAUAUCAUAAAACCUCUGUGGCCUACGUGUGACCCGCCAGGCACCGCUGUCACACUGACAGCAGCAAGCGUCACGUGCUUUCUUACUGCUGUUAACUGCUACAACGUCAAAUGGGUGACCCGUGUACAGGAUUCGUUCACAGCUGCCAAAGUUCUGGCUCUGUUGGUCACGUUCUUCGCAAGCUUGUGGUACAUGUUCUCCACCAGCACUGAAAACCUUCAGAAUAUGAUGGAAGGCAGCAACACGGGCCCAGGGCAAAUAGCUAUUGCCUUUUAUUCCGGAAUGUUUUCAUAUUCCGGGUGGAAUUAUUUAAACUUUGUUACUGAAGAAUUAAAGGAUCCGUAUAAAAAUUUGCCGAAAGCAAUUUGUAUAUCAAUGCCAGUAGUAACACUCGUAUACGCUUUGACGAACGUGGCUUACUUCGCUGUCUUGACGAAUGACGAAAUUCGUGCCUCCAUAGUUGUCGCAGUUACGUUCAGUGAAAAGAUUCUCGGAGUUGUGUCAUGGAUCAUGCCCCUGUUCGUCGCUCUGUGCACCUUCGGGUCUCUGAACGGUGCCAUCUACACUUCGUCGCGUUUGUUCUUCGUUGGCGCCAGAAAUGGACACUUACCUCUCGCGAUAUCUCUGAUUGAUAUAAGACGGAUGACUCCAGUGCCGUCAUUGAUUUUUAUGUGUUUGGUAACGUUGGUGCUCUUGCCACUGAACGACCUGGAGUCCCUCAUGGUGUACGUGACGUCAGUAGAAGCCAUAUUUACUCUGUGCUCCGUGAGCGGCCUGUUGUGGUUGCGGUAUUCGCGUCCGGAUCUACAGAGGCCCAUUCGUGUCACUCUCAUUCUUCCGAUCGCGUUUCUCAUCAUCUGCACUUUCCUUGUUAUAUGUUCCUGUUUAAUUCACCCAAAGGAAGUCGGUGUCGGCCUCGCGAUUAUAGCUUUAGGCGUCCCCAUUUAUUACGUAUUUAUUCGGUGGGAUAAGCCUACUUGGAUGCAAUCUGCCUGUAAUUCGUUCAAUAUUGUAUGCUCAAAAAUGUUUUUAUGUUUACCUGAAGACUCAAAAGAGCUUUGAUUGUAUUUGAUGUGAUUGGUUUUGUAUUUAUUUAUAUAUAUAAUAAGAGACUUGUGAUUGCAUUGUGUGUUGGACAGAAAGAUCUGCCUAGGAUAAGAGAAAGUAUUGAUUCCUAUUAGUAAGAUUGUAUUGACAAUAAUGUGUACGGCCUUUGUUAUGUUGGAUAAGAAUAUCAACGUGACUUGUGAAUGUCAAUUAAAUACAUUUGCUUUGUU